AUGGCAAAGACUGGGGCCUUCUACAAAAUUAUGAAAGUAACUAAAUUAGAUAAAAUCUCUUGCGAAAUUGUAGUAGCUUGCUUGGCGUUGGCGUGCGGUGCCCACGCGGGAUGGGCCGGUCCCCCAGCCAACAUCGCUUUGUCUCAGGAUGGACGGAAUAUCCUCGACACACCCGAGGUAGCCCAGGCCCGUGCCGCACAUCUUAGCGCGUUACAACAGGCCUCCCAACACAACACAAACCCCCAAGAUGAUGGCUCCUACGACCCCAGAUGGGACAACGAAGAAUACUGGCAACAAGCUGAUAACAAAUGGAACGGUGCCCAGGCUAACCAAUGGAACGGUGCCCAAGCCAAUCAGUGGAACGGUGCCCCAGCAAAUCAAUGGAACUCUGCCCCUGCUGCCCCCUCUUGGAACUCUGCUCCUGCCUGGAACGCCGCUGGCUCAGCUCCCGCUCCAGUCGCUGAAACCCCAGAAGUAGCUCAGGCCCGUGCCGCUCACCUUGCUGCCCUUUCCGCCGCCAAGUCUGCUCCUCAAUCUCAGUGGAACUCUGCCUCCGACAACCAAUGGGACGCUCCCGCUAACAACCAAUGGGACGCCCCCGCCAACAACCAAUGGAACGCCCCAGCCCACAACCAGUGGAACAACAACGGUGCCAACUGGCAAGGACCUGCUGCUAACAUCAGAUUGGCACAAAACGGUGCCGGUAUCUUAGAAACCCCUGAAGUUGCCGCCGCUCGUGCCGCUCACUUACAAGCUCACGCGCAGGUUGCCCACAACGCUCCCCCAGCUCACCCCCAACAACGCUGGUGA